GCUUUGUCAGUCCUGUGUGUUUAGCAUCGAUCAUCGAUAUAGCAACUCUUACUACUGUGCAGAUAAGGUCCCCUGUGUUAACAAGGUCACUGUACUCGCUGUCAUUUGGACGUUAUUGGAAACCGGCGAAUGCUCUAGCUUGAAAAUGUUAGCUUGCUGUUUAUUCUGGGUACCUGGUUGCUGACCUCUUUUCACUUGACCUGGCUGGCGGCGGAGCCUCUCAUGACAGAUGGUGUUGUUGAUGACUCUACUGCGAUAACCAGGUUAGCAACAAGCUAGCGGGCCGUUGUCAGCCAGGACCCAGAAAAGCAGCAUCAUCAUCAAUGGUGUGUCUACAUCCCGGAGCCGUCACAUUUUCCUGUGUCCGCUCAAUGAACUAUCUCCUCAGCUCUCAUCACAGCUGCACAUGUAUGGCGUUUGCGAGGCUUGGAGGGGAGUUUUGCCAAGCCCAGCACCUGCUGCUUAUUGUGGACAAGUGAACAGGAGAUCCCAGCUUGGCUCAAACACUGCCAUUCACGCACACAGGUCCUUACUGCCAUCCUGCUCAACCCAUAUGAAGACAAGCCAGCCUUCAGCCUGUCACCUCUUCUGGGGAGUAGGGGAGGCUUCGGUUUUAACCCAGGAGUUUCCUCACAGCUCUUCUCCUCUCCUGCUUCUCCUUCUUUUUCUUCUUUCAUUCAUGCAAGUCUUCUCUGAAUGGGUUAAUAGCUUUGAAAGAAAGGAAGGACAGGUUGUUUAUCUGUCUUUGUAAAUUUUCUUCUGGACUUUGGGUGUCUUCUCUGUAGUCUUCUUGAUCCCACCAGUCAGAUUUAAAGUUUUUAACCAAGCCAGUUUUGUUUUUUGUUCAUUGUCAACAAAAACCUAGAUUUUUUUCCCCCUCUGUUUCAUUCUGUAGAUUUUUUUUUUAUUCAAACUAUUCGGUCAUCACAGGAAUAAGAUUAACUUUCUUUUCCCAUAAAUCACACAGAUGCAUUAGUUAGUGAAAUUAACUGAAAGGUGUUUUUUUAUUUUUGUUUUUUUUUAAGCUUUUCUUUUAAUGAAAAGAUUUUUUUAAAACAACCAGAAGACUUUCUCUUCACUUCCUUUGAAGACUUGUGUCUGUUUCUCCUUUCAUUGAAGCACAGUACUUUUUCUGAUCUUUUUCUUCUUAAUUAACAAACCUUUGUGGGUCUAAUAAUGAACCGACCGGCUCCAGUGGAGAUCACUUAUGACUGUCUGAGAUUCCUCAUUACGCACAACCCCACCAACGCACAACUGGGAAGGUUUAUUGAGGAUCUGAAGUCGUAUGGAGUAAACACCCUGGUAAGAGUGUGUGCUGCUACAUAUGACAAGACGCCAGUGGAACAAGAAGGCAUACAAGUCUUGGAUUGGCCCUUUGACGAUGGCUCCGCCCCCCCAGACCAGGUGGUUGAUGAUUGGCUGAGCCUGCUGCAGACGAAGUUUCGAGAUGAGCCUGGCAGCUGUGUGGCUGUGCACUGUGUCGCUGGGCUAGGACGAGCUCCUGUGUUGGUGGCCUUGGCUCUAAUUGAGUGUGGGAUGGAAUAUGAAGAUGCUGUACACUUCAUAAGACUGAAGCGUCGUGGGGCGUUCAACUCCAAGCAGCUUCUUUACCUGGAAAACUACAAAGCUAAACUCUGUCUGCGUUCCAAAGAUGCCAACGGACAGGGCUGCUGUAUACAGUAGGAAUCUACAACCCCAUACAUCUUCACUGCGGCUUCACGAAACUUUGAUUUUUUAUGUGAAAUGGGACAUUGACAUGUUUGGGUAAAAUCAUUUGCUAACAUUAAAGUCCAUCAUAACGAUUCAGAGCACUUGAAUGUGUUUCCAAUUAUUCAGGGACCUCACGCUAAGGUCCUGAAAAUCUUCUGAGACGUAGACAGCUUCUGGUUUUACAUUAAAAGUGAACUUAAAAAUUGGACGUGCUAAAGAUUAUAUUCCUGCUCCUUGGUCCGUAACCUCUCCUUAAUAUGUAGCAAAACACUUGGCCCCUUAAAAGGAAACCCCGCAGUGUAACAUAAUUAAUGUUGGCUAUCAACAAAAUCACAGUAAAAUCAAAAGUAAAACCCAUUUGAUCCACACGUUACUCUCAGUUCCGUGUUACAGGUGCUGUGAUAAACGCUGUUUAUGUUAACAGACUCGCUCUUAGUUCAGACAUUGGGAUCAGACAUUACAGAAAAUUCCAUUUUAGCGGGCAAGUAUUUGUGAGAGUGGAUUCAUUCUUGUGAUGUUAAACUGGUUUGCAGCUUGAUAUUUGUUCUAAGGCACAACACUAAAAAUGCUGAAUAAAUAGCUGGCAGUA